GAAGGGAUCUUACUAGAAAACGAGACGCGCAGCUGGAAAAAAUGGACCGAGAGCAGAACGAGCUGAAAUGGGCUUGUUCCGCCGCCCGCCGCCCACAGGCUAGGAGGUUUUUUGCUUCAAAAUAGUAUACAUGAUAGUACAUGAUCUGAUCUAGGUCUUCCACAAAUUCGCAUACACACAGCAUUCCCCGAAGAUUCAACAUAGUAGUUCCACCCAUUUUUUUGACAUUGAUUUGUUUAGUUCGAUCCCAGCACAAUAUCCCAACCGAAGACUACUCCGCAUGAAAGAAAAACGAAAAAGAACCCCUCAGUAGAACGCUUCUCUGUUCGUGUAAGUAACUUCUUUGUUGUUCUCGACCAUUUUUAUAUCACGUCUUCACAAGAAGAAGAACCAAGAAUCUGAUUACUUAAUAAAUAGGCAAUAUGUCGUGUCGUCGAUUUAGGCGAGAUACAUCGAUUUCCUUUUUGUUUCCCCAACAUUUUCAUAUUCAUUUCAAGACCUAGGCCUGCAAAAGGUUCGGUCCACGUUGCAGGGCCGGACAAGGCGAAGGCAACGGAGAAGUCGGCCCCACGCUAGCGAGCAAACCAAGCUUGCCUUGCUGUGCCACGGUGCUAGACCGACUAGUUGCAUCUUGUUCCACCUUUGAUGUUCGUUCCACCCCGCUGUGGCACGAUGAGGCCA